AUCUCUUAACCAAAUUGGCGGCAUCAUUUGGAGUUUUGUAGAUCUCCCUGAGACAAAAAUAAAAAAGGGUUGUUCGAAGAUUUGCUCAGUUUGAGAUAGAUUGAGUACGGAGCUUGUUCUGAUCGUCUCUCAGUGAUCUUGCAGUAGUUUCUCAGUAUGGAAGAAGCUCAUUCAGUGAAUAGUCCGAGACGGGUAUUAAGCUUCUCCGAGAGAAAGAAGCAAAAGCCCGGUUUCAGGGAUUCAGACAGCAGAAGAUCAUCUCCGUUCAAAGCAUCACAAGUUCAUCAUGGACCCAAACCCUCAGAGGUGUAUGGUUUUGUAGGUUCCAUUUCGACUGUUGUUGCCACUGUCAUCUUCUUGAUAUGGGCUUAUGUACCAGAUAAACUGCUGGAGUCUAUAGGUAUCCAUUACUACCCAAGCAGGUACUGGGUACUGGCUAUGCCAACAUAUUUGAUGGUCACUCUGAUGCUUACUUUGGCCUUUUACAUUGGUCUCAACUUCAUCGCUACUCCACCUCCAACCUCUCUCAAUACCUUGUUUGAUGAGUACAGUAGAGAACCUGGGGAACUCGAUCCUGGGAUGGAAGAAGGUGAAGACAGGCCUAUAGAUCCAAUUUCUGACAUUGAUAUUACAAGAAUCAAUAAUCUUAUGUUCAAAGGCAACUCCUAAUCCUUAGAAUUCUGGGAUUUUCUAAAUUAAAAAUGAAAAACUUGCGUUUUUAGUAGCGGAUCAAUUCUUUGUGUAAGAGUCAAAGACAACAUCUUACCUGCGUUUCGUUUUCAAGCAGACUCUAGAGAGGUGUCGAGUGUCAAGUUUUUCCGUCAACUACUAUAUUUUAUUUUAUUUUAUU